GGCUGCGGCGGGGAAGGACGGCGGCUACCCUAGCCUAGCCCGGCGGGCCAGAGAGGAGCGGACGGGCUCGCUGCGCGUUGUCGGAUACGCUUACGGGAGGACAGCGGCGGCCGGCCGGCCAGGGGAAGGUUUUAGAACAGCAUCAUGGCUCACUCAAAGACAAGAGCCAAUGAUGGAAAAAUUACAUAUCCCCCAGGAGUUAAAGAAAUAUCUGAUAAAAUUUCUAAAGAAGAGAUGGUUCGGCGAUUAAAAAUGGUUGUAAAAACCUUCAUGGAUAUGGACCAGGAUUCUGAAGAAGAAAAGGAGCUAUAUCUAAACCUUGCUUUACAUCUUGCUUCUGAUUUUUUUCUUAAGCAUCCUGAUAAAGAUGUACGCUUACUCGUAGCAUGUUGUCUUGCUGAUAUCUUUAGAAUAUAUGCUCCUGAAGCACCAUACACUUCACCAGAUAAACUUAAGGAUAUAUUUAUGUUCAUAACAAGACAGUUGAAAGGAUUGGAAGACACAAAAAGCCCACAGUUCAAUAGAUAUUUUUAUUUACUAGAGAACAUUGCAUGGGUCAAAUCUUACAACAUAUGCUUUGAAUUAGAGGAUAGCAAUGAAAUAUUUACACAACUUUACAGAACAUUGUUUUCUGUAAUCAACAAUGGUCAUAACCAAAAGGUUCAUAUGCACAUGGUAGAUUUGAUGAGCUCUAUCAUUUGUGAAGGUGAUACAGUGUCUCAGGAGCUUUUGGAUACAGUUUUAGUUAACCUGGUACCUGCACACAAGAACUUAAACAAGCAAGCAUAUGACCUGGCAAAGGCAUUAUUGAAGAGAACAGCUCAAGCUAUUGAGCCCUACAUUACUAAUUUCUUUAAUCAAGUGCUUAUGUUAGGAAAAACUUCUAUCAGUGAUCUCUCAGAGCACGUUUUUGACUUAAUUUUGGAGCUAUACAAUAUUGAUAGCCAUCUUUUACUCUCAGUUUUGCCACAGCUUGAAUUCAAGCUUAAGAGCAAUGACAAUGAAGAACGCCUGCAGGUUGUAAAACUAUUAGCAAAAAUGUUUGGGGCCAAGGAUUCAGAAUUAGCAUCUCAAAACAAACCGCUAUGGCAAUGCUACUUGGGGAGGUUUAACGAUAUCCAUGUACCUAUCCGUCUUGAAUGUGUGAAAUUUGCUAGUCACUGCCUUAUGAACCAUCCAGACCUAGCCAAGGAUUUAACAGAAUAUCUUAAAGUGAGGUCUCACGACCCUGAAGAGGCCAUUAGGCAUGAUGUUAUUGUAUCGAUAGUUACUGCUGCUAAGAAAGAUCUCUUGCUUGUCAAUGAUCAUCUACUUAACUUUGUGAGAGAGCGAACACUUGAUAAACGGUGGAGAGUGAGAAAAGAAGCUAUGAUGGGACUUGCACAAAUCUACAAGAAAUAUUCCUUGCAGUCAGAAGCAGGAAAGGAAGCUGCAAAACAGAUUGCUUGGAUAAAGGAUAAGCUGUUGCACAUAUAUUAUCAAAACAGUAUUGAUGAUCGACUGCUGGUGGAGCGCAUCUUUGCCCAGUACAUGGUUCCACACAAUUUGGAAACAAAUGAAAGAAUGAAAUGCUUGUACUAUCUUUAUGCAACUCUGGAUUCAAAUGCUGUUAAGGCAUUGAAUGAAAUGUGGAAAUGUCAAAAUCUGCUGCGGCACCAAGUGAAGGAUUUGGUUGACUUAAUCAAGCAGCCAAAAACAGAUGCCAGCAGUAAAGCUAUAUUUUCAAAAGUGAUGGUAAUAACAAGGAACUUGCCAGACCCUGGCAAAGCACAGGAUUUCAUGAAGAAAUUCACUCAGGUUCUGGAAGAUGAUGACAAAAUAAGGCACCAGCUAGAAACACUUGUUAGUCCAGUUUGUUCUUGUAAACAAGCUGAAGGAUGUGUGAGAGAAAUUACAAAGAAGUUAGGCAAUCCCAAACAACCUACAAACCCAUUCCUUGAAAUGAUAAAGUUCCUUCUGGAGAGGAUAGCUCCAGUGCACAUUGAUACAGAAUCUAUCAGUGCCCUGAUUAAACAAGUGAACAAAUCUAUAGAUGGAACAGCGGAUGAUGAAGAUGAAGGUGUACCUACUGAUCAAGCAAUCAGAGCUGGUCUUGAAUUGCUUAAGGUGCUUUCGUUUACACACCCUAUCUCAUUCCAUUCAGCUGAAACUUUUGAAUCCCUCCUGGCUUGUCUGAAAAUGGAUGAUGAAAAGGUAGCUGAAGCUGCAUUGCAAAUUUUCAAGAACACAGGAAGCAAAAUUGAGGAGGACUUUCCACACAUCCGAUCAGCUUUGCUUCCUGUUUUGCAUCAUAAAGCUAAAAAAGGACCACCUCGUCAAGCCAAGUAUGCCAUUCACUGCAUCCAUGCAAUAUUUUCCAGCAAAGAAACACAAUUUGCACAGAUAUUUGAGCCACUGCAUAAGAGUCUUGAUCCAAGCAAUCUUGAACAUCUGAUUACACCUCUGGUUUCCAUUGGCCACAUAGCCUUGUUGGCACCUGAUCAGUUUGCUGCUCCAUUGAAAUCUUUGGUAGCCACUUUCAUUGUUAAAGACUUAUUAAUGAGUGACAGGAUGCCAGGCAAAAAGACAACUAAGCUCUGGGUGCCUGAUGAAGAAGUUUCUCCUGAGACUCUUGUAAAGAUUCAGGCCAUCAAGAUGAUGGUUCGAUGGUUGCUAGGAAUGAAGAAUAAUCACAGUAAAUCAGGAACCUCUACCCUGAGGUUGUUAACAACAAUAUUACACAGCGAUGGAGACCUGACGGAACAGGGGAAAAUUAGCAAACCUGAUAUGUCUCGUUUGAGGCUAGCUGCUGCUAGUGCUGUUGUGAAGCUGGCACAGGAGCCUUGUUAUCAUGAAAUCAUCACAUUAGAACAGUAUCAGCUGUGUGCACUAGCCAUUAAUGAUGAGUGUUACCAGGUUAGGCAAGCAUUUGCCCAGAAACUUCAUAAAGGCCUAUCAAGGCUACGGUUACCUCUGGAGUAUAUGGCUAUUUGUGCAUUGUGUGCAAAAGACCCAGUAAAAGAGAGAAGAGCUCAUGCAAGACAAUGCCUAGUGAAAAACAUAAAUGUGAGACGGGAGUAUCUAAAACAGCAUGCAGCUGUUAGUGAGAAACUUUUGUCACUUCUACCAGAGUAUGUUGUUCCAUAUACGAUCCAUCUUCUAGCACAUGAUCCUGAUUAUGUCAAAGUUCAAGAUAUUGAACAGCUGAAAGACAUUAAAGAGUGUCUUUGGUUCAUCCUGGAAAUACUGAUGGCUAAAAAUGAAAAUAAUAGUCAUGCAUUUAUCAGAAAAAUGGUAGAAAACAUUAAACAAACAAAAGAUGCUCAAGGACCUGAAGAUCCAAAAAUGAAUGAAAAACUUUACACAGUAUGCGAUAUAGCAAUGAACAUCAUCAUGUCAAAGAGUACGACAUAUAGUUUGGAAUCUCCCAAAGACCCUGUACUUCCAGCUCGAUAUUUCACUCAACCUGACAAGAAUUUCAGUAAUACCAAAAACUACCUUCCUCCAGAAAUGAAAUCAUUUUUCACUCCAGGAAAGCCCAAAGCAGCCAAUGUUCUUGGAGCAGUUAAUAAGCCUCUCUCAUCAGCAGGCAAGCAGUCUCAAUCUAAGUCUUCCCGAAUGGAAACUGUAAGCAAUGCCAGCAGCAAUUCAAACCCAAGUUCACCUGGAAGAAUCAAAGCGAGACUUGACAGUACUGAAAUGGACCACAGUGAAAAUGAAGACUACACAAUGGCUUCACCCUUGCCAGGAAAGAAGAAUGACAAGAAAGAUGACUCUGAAAUUUCAGAGCUGGAAAAGCCCAGAGGUAGGAAGAAAAUCAUUACAGACUCAGAAGAGAAGUUGGGCAUAGAUGACCUGAGUAAACUGGGACAAGAACCUAAACUUAGAAGUGGGCAGCGAGGGAGAAAGAGAGUAGCAGCUAUUUCAGAACCUGAAGAACCUCAGUGGCCAGAUGAAAAGAGACUAAAGGAAGAUGUCCUAGAAAGUGAAGAUGAACAAAACAGCCCACCAAAGAAAGGAAGAAGAGGGCGACCUCCCAAGGCAGCUAUGGGGGGCGCACAGAAAGAAGAACCAGCAGCAAAGUCAUCUAAACGAGGUAGAAAAAAACCUACAUCAGUUAAACCUGUAGAAGAAGAGGAGGGGGAGGAAGAGGAGGAGGAGGAAGAGGAGGAAGAGGAAGAAGAAGAAAGACAAAUGGAAAAUAUAGAGCAGAAACCCAAAGGACGGCAGUACAAGACACCAAGAAAAACACAACAGAGAUCUGAAUCAUCUGAAAUAAGUACAGCUGAAUCCAAUCAGUCUACACCACAGAAAAAACGAGGAAGACCACCCAAAACAGCAUCCUCACAGCCAAAAAAAGGAAGAGGUGGACGGACAAAGCAAACUGCAAGUAAAGAAAAUGAAUCAAAUGAAGAGAUGGAUGUAUUUCAAAGUAGUUCUCCUGCUCAGGAUAUUUCCCAAGAAGUAACAAUGGAGGAAGAGAAAGUUUCUACAGUCAGAGUAAGCCGGAGGACGUCCAAAAGGGAAAGGCGAUGAACAAGCCAUAUUACCAGCUUUUUUAAGUGAAAUCUUUGAAGAAUGCUCUUACUAUAAAGUUUCAGGCUGAAAAAAAGCUGUUGGUGCUCACAAUGGGGUUGUUGAAGACAGUUAGACCAAUCUCUAUUUCUUGCCCCGGCUUUUGCAUUUCCUAGGUCACAAACAUAAGCCACACACAUGUUAAUAUCAUCAACAGUGGUUUUCUUUUUGUGAAGUGUAAUGUGCGCUGGCUAUAUAGACACAUGAACUAAAGAAACCGCCUGUAAAUAAUCCUUUUUUUAAAUGUUUCUGACUUCUAAAGUGCUUGUAUAGCUUUUACUGCGGCUUUAAACCUGACAAUACCAGAACUGUUAGAUUUAUUGAUUUUGAAAAAGGAAAAAAAAAAGUUAGAAUGGAUAUCAAGCAAUAUCUGUCAGUGUCUGUGUUUUUUAUUUUUCUUGACAUUUAACUGUGAAAAAAUCAGCUUGACAAAAUAGUGACAUUUUGACACUAUUUGUUAGAAAGUAAAAGAAAAUACAUGGUCUCUCUUUCUUUAUGUAUCUAAUCCAGUGUUUACCUUUGGCACCCAUCUGUCUUCAGAGGUGCCAAAUUGCUUUUGAAUGAUGUGGGAUAAAAUAAAACAGCAAGAUGCAGAUUUGUGAAAGAAGAUUUCAUUUUAUGCAGCUCAGUAUUGAUAACCAGGCUCCUGGACCUCUCAUGGCAUUGAGCAUUUAAAAAGGAUUUAAUAUUUUAAUUUUUUAUGUGUUAUUAAAUAAUGUAAUGAGAGCCUAUCCUCUUAUUUUCCAUAUUAGCUUUUGUUAAUCUGCUGUAUCAAUAAAAUUCUGUAACUGAAUUUUUAAUAGUCUAGUAUGUCAAUGUGUAUAUUCCCUCCUGGACAUUAUAUUCAAAAAGAGCAAAUUAUUACAUUAUAAUAUGAAACCUGAUGCCCGAGCUUUAGUGAAAAUGCAGGUUUUAUUACCAUGUAAAGUUAAUUGGAAAGAAAAUUUUAUUGAUGCAGUCUGUCUUUAUAAAGCUGUUCUUUCUUCAGAGCCAAGUGUUUUGUAUUUCACAGUGAGUUGCAUGUUUAUGAAAAAAUGUAAUGAAAUUGCAAUGUAAUUUUUUAAAAGUCUUAAUCUGGCUGUAGGAUAUGCUACAUUGCCUCAUGAGAAGAACCUUCUACCAAGAGUUUAUUGUACUUUUUUUUGUUAAUCAUUUUUUAUGUGGGAGUAUGGGUAAGGGGAGGUGGGACUUAAUAAGAACAUGUUUUUAUUUGAAUGAUCAGCUGCAAAAAUAUUUCAGUCAGGGUAUUCAGAAUAUGUAUGGAGCAAAAAUUUGUCUUGCCUGUAAGUAGUUGAACAUCUUCCUUAGGUACAAUUACAAACCUAGGAGGAAACUACUUGAGGAAUUGUUCUGUAUGCAGUUUCACAAACUGUCUUUGAACCAAAAUGUAUAGGUUACUAUUUAUGCUUAGCCAGGCAAACUUUAUAGUUUAACAUGCUGUUUUCCUCCUGCUCACUAGAAGUACAUGUGAGAGAAUUAAAUUUUAAAUUAUUAAUAUUUUAUCUCAUGGAAUAAUGGAACAUUGUCAUAAAUUAACAGAAACAUCUUUUUAAGUUAUAAUUCCAAGGGAAUAUAAGCUGGGGAAGGGUGAAACACUAUGGUAAUGUCAAAACAUGUUUGCAAGUAUAUUUUUCAGAAGAAAUUCAACUUUUUCUAAGCUUUUUUUUAUUAUAUAGUUUGUAUUUUUUUUUAAUCAGCAACAGCAAUAGACAAAGCCAAACAGUUUGUGUUGAUCAAGCUGUUCUGCUUUAAGUGCUUUUUCUAAUAGCUCUUUUAGCUAGUAAUUAUGAUUCUUCAGCUGCCCUAUAUUUUUAUGCCCAUAGACUUGGGUAACAGCUGUCUAAAAACAUUAGGUGAAGGUGGCUCAGUUGAUGUCACCAAGAAAUUUCCCUAGCACAAAGUAACCUCGAUGGUUCAAAAGUUUAGCAGUGCAAAUGAUAGUUUUUAUAUCCUAGAAAAGAAAAAAAAAAUAGAAAGGUAGUAUCACAUUUUCUUCACUGACAAUUGCACUGACAACAUUUAUGGAAUAUAUAUCUAAGACCAUUUUAUACAAAGUAUUGAAAUGGAUAUUCAAACUGCUUGCAGAGUGUUGAAGAUUUAUUUGCAUGAAUAUAGUUUGAUCAUAUUUCCUUUAAUAUUGCUGCACAUCAAUUAAUCAUAAAAUAUUAAUGUUAAAUUUACUCUAUAGUUUGGCAGUUUAAAUGGUUAUUUCUUCAAUUAUAAUUUUUAAUUGGGAAAACAAGUGCAGAUGAAAUAAUGUUUAUCCCAUUUAGAUUUUAUUCUUCUCAUACAAGUAUAAUGAGUAUCUUAUGUACUAACACUUUGAGAUCUGCCUACAGUAGGUACAGUAAAAUAAUGUAAAAGAGAGAUGAUACGCUAAAAUUCAGUUAGCGUGCUCUUCAAUUAUGUUCAGUUUAUAGUAUGUACUGUAUAACAUUAAACACUCAAAUUGAACUCCC